AUGAGCUCAAUCGCCUUCUACGCCUUCUUCGGCGCCGCUGCCCGGUUUAUGCAGCUGGGUAUCCAGAAACGUCCUCACUACCUCCCUUCCGAGGCUAUCGCCUAUCCAUUGUACAUGUCCAUCAGUAUCGGAGCCGGGUUGUGGCUUGAUAGCGUGGAGGAUAAGCAUAUGGCACUGUUGCAGGAUAGGAAAAAGGUCUUAAUCGAAAAGAGAGCACGGAGGGAAGAAGAACUGAGAUCGUUUGCAAGAGAUCAUAUGACUGGCGAUUCUCAUUCGUGA